CAAGUGUGGGGCCCAGCUGGCUCCCGUCGGCGACACUGAGGACCAGGACUCAGAGAGAAGAGAGGCGAAGCUCGCUCCAGUCCCAGAGCCUGGAGGAGAGGUGAAGGGAGGAGGUGCCAACGAGCCUUCUUCCACCACCAAAACACAGGAGGAGGAGGAUGGAGAGCUGAUGGAGAGCGCAAGAGCUCUGAGCAGUACCUCAGAGCCCACACCUGAGUGCACUGCAGCUGGCCCUGCUUCCUUUACUGAAGUGCAAGAGGAGGAGGAAGAGGGCUCACCGCUGGUGGAGUAUGUAACAGCUCCAAGUGACAGCUCGGACGCCGCAUUUCAGUGCGCGGCCAGCGGCUCGGCGAAGUCACGGAAGAGGAGAGCGCUCGAGAGUAAAUCUGCACCUCCUCGUGCUGAGCGUCCAAGUCAAGACACAAAGACUCCACCUGUGGGCAAGGGCUCGCAGGCUGGGAAGGAGAAAAAAGACCCCAGCCAGAAAGUGAGCGGUUUGGCUGCCAAGAGUGGAGACACAAAGGAGAAAAAGGCGACCCCAAGUGAGAAAGUGAACCAAGUAACUGAGAAGACAAAUCAGACCAAAGGACCUGAGGUUGCUGGAAAGGAGGAUGCUUCAGCUGUAACAGACAGUCUGAAGGACAAAAAGCAACAGAGGAACCAGAAACCCAGGGAUAAGGUCAAAGAAAGUGAUGGUGUUACAGUGUAUUUCCAUGCAAUAUUGUCCAAAGACUUCAAACUGAACCCUGAGACCCAUAAAGUGUUCAUCAGGGCUGGAAACAUUUCUCACUACGAAAGCUGGAAGGACAACAUUUGUGAGCUGAGCUGCACCAAGCACCUAGAGGAGCAUGGGUACCUCAUCGAGGGCACUGUGACUCUUGCAAAGGACAACAUGAACAAAUACAUUCCUUACAAGUACUGGGUUGUCUGCGAGCAAGGGAAGUAUGAAUUCAUUUACCGGCAGCCAGUUACAAGUUCUUACGUGAAUCGCUGCUUGUUGAUUAAAAGCGACCUGCUCAGCAAUGGAGAGUGGCACCAGUACGAUGACGUUGUGUGUGCAGAGCCUUCCGUAGUGAAACACUUGUGGCAGUGGCUUUCUCGCACUCAAAACAAGCAAGUGGUGGAAGGGAAGACGAUAGCUGCAAGUAUCAUGUUAGAAAAUAUCUUCAGCAUUCUUGGGACCUGGAGUCCUGACAACCUGAGAAACUUCCUCUGCCAGCUGCAUCAGUUUUAUGUUGUGACGGUGAACCCGUGCAUACACGAUGGCAAGGAAACGCCGUGGACAGAGUUAAACUUCGGCACAGAGCAGGUGAAUGAUUUGCUGCUAAAGUAUAUGGGGAAAAUAGCUCAUCCUUUCCUUGCACCAGAAGGUGCAAAAGCCUCGCAGAAGGACGCAGUAAUAAAAAGUAAACUAGCUCUGGGGCUCGUCAUUCUCUCAGUAGUUGUAAAGCUCGAGCUGCCUGCAUCUGAGAGCAACCUGGCUGACCUGUGUAGCCUCUUGUGCUUGGAAGAGGUGUCACAACAAGCUGUGCUGGAUGAAAUCCAUCAAAUCAAAAAGGCUUUUACAGCAGUUGCUAGGUAUGUAUCCUUGAGGGUUUACCUCACAGACCUGUGCCAGAGAUGCAUUGCUGCCCGAGUGAACCGGUGGGUGUGGAUCCUCCCCCUCCUGCAUUUCUUCGCUCCCCCCUUGCAGCACGACCACUUGCCGAUGGAAGAAGAUACCUGGGCAGGGCUGGAAGGGCUUCCCUAUGCAGAAACAAGGCAGCAGCAAGAUGGGGGCACCCUACUGCAAGUAAUGAAAGAAAAGAAAUACCUCAUGGAGCUUGACAAGACUCUGGUCAAGUCCUGGAUCUGCGUGCUGCCCCUGCAGAGCCUGCCUGAAUUUAUAAAAGACUUCUCCGGUGAUCUGUUAGCUGCUCUUCAAGGUGUUUGCUACAGAUUGGAGCCCACUGACCUUUUUAGGUUUGUCCUGGCAGCUUUGCCCGGCUGGGCUCUGGAAGCUCGCUCGUGGCAGUCCUGCCUGAGCUGCUGCCUCAAGCUGCACAAGAAGGCCUGCAAAUAUGUGAAGCAUUUCAUGAUUCCUGCCACUUCUGCCAUGAUGAUUUCUCAGGUGGCCAAGCUUCAGCCUGCAGCAGUGAGUACCAAGGAACCGUUCGAAGUGCCAGUGGUAGAAGUAUUCAAUGAAGCUCUGAGAGACACUCGAACCUGGUUCAGAAAUGCUUUAAAUGAGAAGUUAUUGAAAGAAUACCUGGAGCAUGUCACGUUCUCCUUUCAUUGGGAGCUUUUGGCCUGGAAUGUGUUUGUGACAAUGAGCUUUCCAAAUGAGCAGUUCACGGAGAGGUGGAAGAAGACUUUACUUGCAGAUCUGGAGAGAAGAAUUCGGGAGGAGCCUCCAUUUAACCAGAUCUUGGUCUACUGCUGUCAGCACUACCAGUUUUCACAGCUGGACUCUUCCAUCGAGUGGUGUUUCAGUAAUUGUGCCAUAGAGGCUGUAGCUGUUGCUUGCCAGACUCAGAGCAAUCUCCUUGAGAAGUUAUCUUCCUGCAACCUGGGCCGGUUCAGCCAGCUCGUGUCCGCUAUUAUUGUGAAGUCGUGGCCCAUCAAGAGCGGGCAGUCUGAGAAUUUUGACGAGAUUUUGCACCAUGUGCUUACGUGGCCUGACAUCCAACGGAUCUUCAGCUUUAAUGGAACAAACGCCAAGCUCCUGGAAGAACUUACAGAUGAAGCAAAGAAUAUCAUGGCCACAGCAGACUCUGUGUUUACGAGUGUCACCCAUGACAUCCAGAAAGGGUCUAUCCGAGUGAAACAUCUGGAAGCGAUUUUCCAGCAUGAGAAACAGUUCCUCUGUAUCUGGGAGAUAAAGCACCAGCAGAUGUUAUGUGAAGACAGAGAAGUAUUCCAGAGACAACUGGAAGAGUUGCUGCAGAGGAGGCAAGAAGAAGUAGCGCUUCUCAGAGAAGAGAAAAAAGCAAUAGGCACCUUUCUGAACAUGUGUAGGAAGGUGCAGGCAGCUGUGAAAGUGAAUGUAGGUGCAGUGGAAUCCCAACACUUGGAAGAUCUUAGCUCGAAAAGACUAAAUACAGUUGUGAACAUGACGAAGAGACCGACAGAGACCUACUACAGCUUGAGCCCGGAGCUGAAAGAAUCUGCCCAGAAAAUGCACUCUUUCAAGGACAGCCUGAUCUUCCAGCAGUUCUGGGAGGAAGCAGCGCAGAAGGCAGGAGAGGAGUACGAAAAUUCAGAAGAGGAAUAUGAAUUUUCAGGAGAGGAGGUUGGAAGUUCAGAAGAGGAGGACAACUUUGUUCCUGCGUUGGAACUUGAUGAAGUUUUCAGCAGUAUAAUCUCCCCUUGUUUUAAGAGAUAUGAAAGGCUGUACGGUGAUCUCAGAUCUGGAAGUCUCACGCUUUCCACAGUUGAUAAAAUUUUCCAGCAGUUCAGAAAUCAACCUGAAGAUAUCAAAACUGAACUAGAUACCAUAUGUCAGCUUAGGCCUGGAGAAGACAGGGGCUGGGUUGAUCAGCGAUUUCGGCAGAUCCAGCAAUACCACGAGAUGCAUUUAUCUUUUGAUGCUGCGAAGAUCAUUGCCAACGUCAAAGAGAGUUUAAACCUCUCUGGUGACUUCAGUAUCCUGGAAAACUUGUUGGACAUAACAGAAAAGCUUGAAUCAUACAAGACACAAAAGCUGGACUCCAUCAGCCCUGAGCUUAUGCAUGCCAAGAAACUGCUGCAGGGGAUCACUGUGAACCGUCGCGAGUGUCUGAGGGAGCUGGCCCAGCAGAAGGAGUUUGUCUGCUGGGUCAGAGAAGCACUGAAAGAUAUAAAUGAGCUGAAGGUCUUCGUAGACUUGGCGUCCAUCUCUGCUGGGGAGAAUGACAUGGAUGUGGACCGUGUGGCGUGUUUCCAUGACACCGUGCAUGGCUACUCUUCCCUGCUCUAUGAGCUUAGGCAGGAGUCGGGGUUUGAGGACUUCAUGAACUGCUUGAAGAAGCUGUGGCGAGCCCUGGACAGUGAUGAAAAUCUUCCCAAGAAACUGUGUGCUUCAGCUCACGACUUAGAGUGGUUGAAAACAGUGAAAGAGAGCCAUGGCUCUGUGGAGCUGUCCUCGCUGUCCCUGGCAGCUGCCAUCAACAGCAGAGGAAUCUACGUUAUCAGAGCACCAGCUGACGGUCAGAAGGUCUCUUUGGACAACGUCCUGCGCUUCUCCUUGCCGGGGGGCUCUGGCGACAAUGAGGCCUUGUGGAAAUACUCUCUGGCAGAGCUCCGGGAGCUGCAGAACAAACUGAUGCUCAUGUCGGCAAAGGGAGAGCAAGGCUUGGAGGUGGAGAAGUUCUCGGAGAUCUUUUCCAAUGUCCAAAGACUUGCACAGGCCUUUAUAGACCUUUAUUCAGCUGGGAACAUGCUCUUCCGCUCCUGGCUCGCCCACGUGUAUUGUUCACCCAAAAGAAAAUCCCGUGUUCUUAUCGACUUCUCUUUGGGACCCAUCCCAGUGCUAGAAGAACAAGGAGAUAUGGCAGCUGUGCUCCCAGGCCUUUGCAAGACGAUGGAGAAUUUCCUGGAGAGCUGGAAAAGCUUCAUGUAUGAGAAACGAUUCCAGCAUUUCUACCUGAACUACUACACUGCUGAGCAGCUGGUCUAUCUGUGCACACAGCUGGGGCAGGGGACGCCCAGCCAGGACGCCCUGAUGAUGCUUUCGUUCCUAAAACGUAACUGCACCGAGCAGGAUGUCCUUAGGUCCUCCCAGAUUGAGGUGCCUCCCAGCUCAAAGAAGGCUAUUUCUAACUUCCAAGUGAUGCUGCCGUGGGAGAAGGACCUGCCCGCGCUGCUGGAGUACAUCUGGGAGUGCUACAUGAGCAGCAUGGGCUUCUUCCUCCCCAGCUGCCUGGAUAUCGAUACGCUUGGGGGGCGGCUGAAGGCCCUGGCCAGCUGGGAGACGGAGCGCGUCACACGAGACUUCCCACAGGAUCUUCUGUGCGUGGGUCAGCCCAACCUCAUCACGUGCCCCCGCGCGGAGGUGCUCACGGCUGCUCUGGCCAUUUACAUGAACAGCCCCAGCCAGCCCCUGCCCACCUUUGACGAAGUUCUCCUGUGCACUCCUCAGACCACUGCCGAGCAAGUGGGGCUCUUCCUCAGGAGAUGCCUCAUCCCCUGCAGCGGAGGAGCGAAGAUUUACACCAUGCUGUACGCGGAUGAGCUGAGUUACGACGUCAGCUGCAGAGCGGAGGAGCUGUUCCAGCACCUGCAGCACUACAACAGCGCCUAUCGCCUCGUCCUUCUGUGCAACUGCGAGAGGGAGCACAGCUACCUCCCUUCAAUCUUCAGCCAGUACAAAGUGCACAUGAUACCCCAGCGGCCACUCGCCGAGAUCCAGCAGUACCUGCAGCACCACUACAGAGUCGCUCAGCCCUCCAGCUCAGCCGCUGCUGUGUUCAAGGACAGUAUGUGCGUUGGGAUCGUGUCCUCCAAAAGAGCUGGCGUGGGGAAAUCUCUGUAUGUGAAGAGGCUACAUGAGAGACUGCAAGAAGAGCAGCGUGACUGUACAGAUCUUCUGAAAACCAUCAGACUAAUUGAGCCAGAAGUGGAUGAAGACAAAGUGCUCAAGUCUCUUCUGCCUUACCUGAAGAGACAACACCAGACAAAGCCCAUGAUAUUCCACUUUGAUGUCACCUCUUCGGUACGAAGUGGAAUUCCAGAGUUUCUCUUCAAGCUGCUGGUUCUGCAGUAUCUGACAGAUAAUAAUGGAAAUAUGUGGCUACGACAGAAGUGCCAUUUGUACAUCAUUGAAAUCCUCGAGGUACCACCAGUGCCAAAGACAGCAGUGCCAGCAAGCCAGAAGUACAAUUUCUUCGAUGUGUUCCCCAAAGUAACGUGCAGAUCUCCCAAGGAGGUACUAGAGAUGGAGACGCUUGGGAGCCAGCUUGGGGACGUUUCAGACCCAGGAAUGGACGAGGAGGAGUUUUGCAGCGAGGCUUUCCAGAGACCUUUCCAGUAUCUGAGGAGGUUUGAGCAGGGGUACGACCUGGACGCGUUCUGUUACGCGGCGCACUCAGUGGAGGGGAGCCCGGCGGAGUGGCUGCAGCAGCUCCUCCUGCACUGCGGCGUCACGGAUCCCUCCUGGGCAGAACUCCGAAACUUCGCCUGGUUUCUCAACGUGCAGCUGAGGGACUGUGAAGCUUCUGUCUUCUGCAACCCUGACUUUGUCCAGGACACCUUGCAAGGUUUCAAAAACUUUGUCGUUAGCUUCAUGAUUUUAAUGGCAAGGGAUUUUGCAACGCCCUCGCUGAACAUUUCCGAUCAGAGCUCGGGAAGGCAGUCUUACAGCCUGGAGAAUGUUGCUGAAGAGGAUCUGCUGCCUUUCCGCAUUCGGAAGAAGUGGGAGUCCGAGCCCCAUCCGUAUUUGUUUUUCAACGAGGACCGCGUGUCCAUGACGUUCAUCGGUUUCUACUUUCAGCCCAGCGGCCAUCACGGCGUUGAUGCCAUUAAUCCUUUGAACGGGAAAAUUAUCAAGAAAAACGUGAUGACUUUGCAGUUGUACAAGGGCUUGUUACUCCAAAGAGUUCCCUUCGACGUCCCGUUUGACCAGUUGCCUCGUCACGAGAAGCUGGAGAAGCUUUGCAUGGUUUUGGGAAUCCCCUGGGUGAUAGACCCUGACGAGACAUACGAGCUCACGAUGGACAACGUGCUGAAAAUCUUGGCUAUCGAGAUGCGGUUCAGAUGCAACAUCCCGGUUGUCAUCAUGGGAGAAACGGGCUGUGGCAAAACCAGACUCAUCAAGUUUCUGUGCGAGCUACGCCGGAGCAACGCAGAGGUGGAGAACAUGAAGCUCGUGAAAGUUCACGGAGGUACGACGGCCGAGAUGAUUUAUGCCAGGAUCAGAGAGGCAGAAGCCCUUGCCAAAGCCAAUAAGGAGCAGCACGGCUUGGACACAGUGCUCUUUUUCGACGAAGCCAACACAACCGAGGCCGUAAGCAGCAUCAAGGAGGUUCUGUGUGACCGCACGGUGCAGGGGAAGCCUCUGGCCCCGUGCUCUGGCUUGCAGAUCAUAGCGGCCUGCAACCCUUACCGUAAGCACACACCGAAGAUGAUUCAGCGCUUGGAGUUAGCCGGGCUGGGCUACCGCGUCAAAGCAGACGAGACGAAGGAGAAGCUUGGCUCAAUUCCACUGAGACAGCUUGUGUACCGGGUCCACGCGCUCCCCCCCAGCAUGGUCCCCUUAGUGUGGGAUUUUGGGCAGCUGAACAACCUCACUGAAAAAAUGUACAUACAGCAGAUCGUCCAGAGAGUUACCGAGCACGUCCCAAUGAAGCAGGCUGAGGCGCAGGUCAUUACAGAAGUGCUUUUUGCUUCCCAGCAGUACAUGAGGAAGAGGGACAACGAGUGCAGCUUCGUCAGCCUGCGGGACGUGGAGCGCUGCAUGGAAGUUUUCAAGUGGUUUUACAAGCGUAGCAAACUGCUGCUGAGAGAACUGGAGAAGUACCUUGCCGAGAAGAGGGCUCCAAAGAGCACAGCCGAGAGAAACAGCGUUAUCUGGGCCUUAGUGCUGGCAGUCGGGGUCUGCUACCACGCGUCCCUGGAAAAGAAGGAGACGUACAGGAGCGCUAUCAGCCAGGUCCUUCCAAAACCUUACGACACCCAGAAAAAGAUCUUGGAAGAAAUCUCCCUGAUGCAGGACUUAUUCCUGAGUUGUGUGCACCUCCGAGAUACCAUAGCGAGAAACCUGGCCCUGAAAGAAAACGUCUUUAUGAUGGUCAUCUGCAUCGAGUUGAAAAUCCCUCUUUUUCUCGUUGGGAAGCCCGGGAGCUCCAAAUCCCUUGCGAAAACCAUCGUGGCCGAUGCCAUGCAGGGCCAAGCAGCCCAUUCGGAUUUGUUCAAGGACCUGAAGCAGAUCCACCUGGUGUCCUUCCAGUGCAGCCCCCUCUCCACUCCAGAGGGAAUCAUUGGCACUUUCAAGCACUGUGCUCGGUUCCAGGAAGGGAAGAAUUUGGAGGAGUACGUCUCGGUGGUGGUGCUGGAUGAGAUUGGGCUGGCAGAAGACUCUCCCAAAAUGCCCUUGAAGACUUUGCAUCCGCUUUUGGAAGACGGCUGCAUAGACGAUGUCCCUCUCCCUCACAAAAAGGUUGGCUUCAUCGGGAUUUCCAACUGGGCUUUGGAUCCCGCUAAAAUGAAUCGAGGCAUCUUCGUCUCGCGUGGCGACCCCAGCAAAGAGGAGCUCAUAGAAAGCGCCAAGGGGAUUUGCUGCUCGGCACGAGGGGCUUUGCAGAAGAUCGAACAGUAUUUUCGUCACUUUGCAGACGCGUAUGAAAACAUCUGCAAGGCCCAAGACCGGGAGUUCUUUGGCCUGCGUGACUACUACAGCCUCAUAAAGAUGUUUUUUGCCUUAGCUAAGGGCUCCAGAAGCGAGCCGACACCUCGAGACGUAGCCGAGGUUGUCCUUCGUAACUUUGGUGGCAAAGAUGACAUCAACGCCUUGGAAAUAUUCACCUCGCAGCUACCAGAAAAGGGAGAAAUCGAUGCUCACGACGUCAGUAGGAUUGAGCUGGUACGGCGGAACAUUUACAGCAGCGAUCAGGAUGGGGACUGCAGGUACCUGCUUGUGUUGACUGAGAACUACGCAGCGCUGCAGAUCCUCCAGCAAGCUUUUUUUGCUGCCCGCCAACAGCCAGAGAUUAUCUUCGGCUCCAGUUUCCCUAAGGACCAAGAGUACACCCAGAUAUGCAAGAACAUCAACCGGGUGAAGGUCUGCAUGGAAACCGGCCAAAUGGUGGUGCUCCUCAACUUGCAGAACCUCUACGAAAGCCUCUACGACGCCCUCAAUCAAUACUACGUGUACCUCGCCGGGCAGAAGUACGUCGACCUGGGGCUGGGCACCCACCGGGUGAAGUGCCGGGUGCACCCCAAGUUCCGCCUGAUAGUCAUCGAGGAGAAGGAGGUGGUGUAUAAGCACUUCCCCAUCCCCCUGAUCAACCGGCUGGAGAAGCACUACCUGGACAUCAGCACUGUCCUGGACAAGGGGCAGAGAGAAGUGGUGAAAGAGCUGAAGAAGUGGGUGGACGAGUUCACCGUGGCCAACGCGGAAGAGCACUUCAUCAGCGAGCAGAAAUACAGCCCCUCGGAUGUGUUCGUGGGCUACCACGCCGAUACCUGUGCCUCGGUGGUCCUGCAGACAACGGAGAGGCUGAAAGCGGCCUGUGCCCCUCCCGAGCUCCUGUCCUGCGUGAAGAGGGAAGCCCAGCUGGCCCUGCUGAGCUGUGCCACCCCCGACUCCGUCAUCCGCCUCUGCAGCUCCGUGGGGUUGUUCAUGGCAGCUCCGCUGGCCGACGUGUACUUCAAGCAGCAGCAGCACACGUCUUUCGCAGACUUCCUCCGAGCUCACGUCCGCGCCGGCUCCGGGUACCAAACGGUCUUUACAGAGGUCACCACCUUCUCGAGGCUUCUCACCAGUGCUGACGCCACUCUCCUGGAGAAAGAAGUGCAGGGUAAAGCGCAGAGGCCUCAAAUCCUGUUCCUGCAGCAGUUUGACACGGAGUACUCGUUUGUGAAGGGCAUCCGAGACUUCCUUGAUGCCACGUCAGGAAAUAAAGUCCUUAUUAUUCAGACAGACUUUGAAGAUGGCUCUCAGAAUGCCCAGCUCAUCGCCUCAGCCAAGUACACCGUUGUUAACGAAAUCAACAAGGUGGGCCUGGGAGAAGUCUCUGUCUUCGUCUACUUCAUUAUGAAGCUUUCCCGGGUGGAUGGAGGAACGUCCUACGUGGGAUGCCAUGGAGGGCUGUGGCAGUCGGUGCAUAUAGAUGAUCUCCGCAGAUCCAAAGACAUGAUCUCUGACAUGACUGCCCUGCAGAACCUCACCAUCAGCCAGAUCUUCUGCCAGGAUUCGGGUAGAACCAAAGCUCUGCCUGUGAAAGGGCAAGAGCAGGAGGAAGGCAAGGGGGAGGCUGAAACACCAGUGCCCGCAGCAGAGCACUGCGAGGGUGAGAUCCUGGACACCACUGUACUCCUGAGGACCUGCGUGCAAAGUGCUGUGGGGAUGCUACGGGACCAAAAUGAAGAUCUCAGUCGAAGCAGAAAGCGAAUCGAGAUUCUCCUUGGCUUUCUGUCCAAAGAGGAUGACUUGAAAGCCUCCUUCCUGAAGAUAACAAAGGCUCGUCUCUCCAACCUUUUGAGAAAGCAAGAAGAAAAUUCCCUUCACCCAAAAAACUGGGUGCUUCGGGAGGCUUCCAACCUCAGCGCUCUCCAGGAGGCAGGCACCUUCAGGCACACCCUGUGGAAGCGAGUCCAGAAGGUGAUCACUCCAUUCCUGGCUCUCCUGAUUGCUGUCAUAGACAGGAAUGGCAAUCUGGAGCUGUUGGUCAGGCCGGCAGCAGAGUGGGUGACGGAGCUGUGGAUGUUCAUCUUCAGCGACACGAAACUCCUGAGUGUCCCUUACGGUGUGGGUACCAACAGCUCGCAGCCAGAGAUAAUUCUGGUGCAGAACAACAUGACUGUGUCUGCUGAUACUGGGAAUGAGAUGCCCUUCAGCUGGAGGAUAAAGGAGUACCUGGAUGAGAUGUGGCUGGAAGCUCAAUACAUGCAAAACACUGAAGACCAAGCCGAGAAGUUUGUGGAUAUCUUCCAGGAAACUGCACUGGGAAAAUUCAUCUCUGCUCUGAGCAAGGAAGACAGAGAGAAGCUCUUACAGUGCUAUCUUUUCCAGUGCUAUGCCACAGACUUUAUUGUCUUGGCCAUUGGUGUGUCCUCUGUGGAGGAGCUGCAGUGUCUGCGCGUUGCGUUCCUAUCCUGCAUAGAGGAAUGGAAGGCGGCGUCUCCCAGAAGGGAGGAGAUGGUGCCAUCCUUGCCUUGGGUCCACCUCGGCUACAAUCGGUUCAAGAGCCGCCUGCAGAACUUUUCCAGGAUCCUGGCUGUACACCCCCGUGUGGUCGCCUACCUUGUGAACCAGGGAGGACCUGGAAUGCCGCGUUCGGAGAUGCUUUCAGAUGUGCUUGCUGCAAUGGUGUGUGCUGAAGAGCUGGAGACGCACGUGCAGACAGCCCGUCCCGAGAUCUGGCUGCAGAAGGUGAAGAGCCUUCGCAUGCCUGUUGAAUUCCUCUGCAGAGAGAAGGAUUUACAGAGGAGUGGGAGUCGGUGCCAUCAGCUGCUACAAGACCUCGAAGUCUGCUGGAACCGGGUUUUUGCCAUGUCUCUGUUUGUAGAGCACGUGUUGCUGGGCAUCGACUCACUGAUGCCAGAAUUUGAGAACGUAGUGAAAAAAUACACCUUGCUUCUUGCCAAGUGCUUUCAGCACGAUUCGGACAUGAAGACUUACCCAACUUUUGUGGCAGUGAUGAAAGUGCUGUGCCAAUGUAAAGAUGAAGUCAGCAAGAGGCUCUGCAGGUGUGAUCUGAAGUGUCUGAUCUGCCUGGGAGAGCCCAAGGACCCGGUCUGCCUGCCCUGCGACCACGUCUUCUGCCAGAAGUGCAUCGAAACGUGGCUGGUACCAGCACAGAUGCACUGUCCAUACUGCAGAGUUGCCAUGGAGAAUGUGGAUUUAAAGGUCUCUGCGGAGCUCAGAGAUGCCAUAGCAAGAAAUGCCCUGUUCCGGCAGAGGUGCAAUAACUUCUUCAUAGAUGUGGUCACGACCAUGUGCUUCAAGGACAAUGAACCCCCGGAGGCAGAGGUGAUCCAGGAGCUCCUUAACCUGCUGUUUGUUCACAGAAGCCUCCUGAAAGGUUCAGAUCACCCUGCCAUCUACACAAAACUCCUGUCCCCAUUUAACGAUGAAGUGGAUGAAAACCCCGUUAUCCGCUCGGUAAUGCUGAAGCUGCUCUUGAAGUACAGCUUCAAUGAAGUGAAAAAUGAUGUGCAGCAGUACCUGUCCCGGGUAGAGCACAACAAGAUCCUAGAGAAAAAUGACAAAAAAGAGCUCUACUUGCUUUUUGUCAACUGCUUGGAGGAUUCCAUGUGUGAGAAGGCUGAGGGCAGCCUUGGAGGUAAGCACGUAACCCAUCUGCCUGGAGACAGAGGCUUUCCAGAGAACUAUCUCCCAGCCAGCAGUCGAGAAGCUCCUCAGGAGGCGUCCGUUGAGUAUCUGCAGGCGGUAGCCAAGGUUCGCUUGUACCUGAGUAAGGCUGCGGAGCUGCUCUUUGACUUGCAUGGGCCCGCAGAGCAAAAGCAGGUGGAGGAGAAGCAGCGUUACCUGGCAAACGUGAGGGUGUUCUGUAGCCUCACCAAGAACGACUGGCACCGUGUUUACCUGGUCCGGAAAAUUGCCUGUCACUACGGGAUGGAGUUUGCUCAGAAGCUUGUCACAGAGCCACAGUUCCACUGGGUGUUCCCCCAGGAAAUUCUGAAGCAGGUACAGAACAGCCAGUCUCAUCACAUCGACCGCUACCUGGCGUGCGGCGAGAAUUACAGAGUCCUGCGCGAUGCCGUGGGCAAGGCCAUGAUCGAGUGCAAGGCUCAGGGUCUUCUCGAGGCAGAGAAGGCAUCUUGUGGCUCCCUGGCUGUGCAACGUGCCCAUCUGCUCCUGGCUCUUUUCAGAGAGGUCACUGCCCUGUAUGGAGUCAGUGACUCAAGUCUUCGUCCCAAAGAGCAGGUAAGACACUUCACUUUGGGAGCUUGGGAUGAAUAUGCUUCAGCGAUAAGGAUGUAUGAGGUUUACAUCAUCAGUGGAAGAGCCUUUUGUUCUCCUGCCCCCAAUCAGUUCUGUCCUGAUGAGAGCAGGCUGAAAAUGUUUUCAAAGCAGAGACAACACAGCGUGGAAGCAGCUGUGAAAGUCCCCUUUGGUUUGGCGGGCAAUAUCGUGCCGGUUUUAUUUCUUUUCAAUAUCUACUUUCAGCAAACAGAUGCUAUGGUUGAGUUCAUCCGGAGCUCCCAAGUCCUGAAUUCUCCGGACCUGCAGCACUUUGCAACUUCCCUCGUGCUGAACACGCUGCCGUGCCUGACGGUGAAUCCUGAAAGCUUCAGCCAGCGUGGAGCCCUGACCGAAGUGGCCGUGCACGCCGCAGCGAUCCUGCUGUGCGGGCAGAGCCCCGUCCUGCAGCCCCUGAGGAAUCUGGCACUCCAUCCACACACCAUGCAGCACUCUUUUCUGCCCACGAUGCCAGAAGAUAUAAUGGCCCAGGCGAGGGCCUGGGAAGGAGUGGCUGCUCUGCGCUGGUACAAAUGUCCAAAUGGCCACCCCUGCACUGUGGGAGAGUGUGGCCUCCCCAUGGAAAUCGGCCGCUGUCCCGACUGUGGUGCCGAAGUUGGAGGGGAACAGCAUAAACCACUGCGUGGCUUUCAAGAGCUCCAGAGUAGGGAGGACAGAACUCAAACCGGCCACGUACUUGGAAAUGCAGAAGACAGGAAAACAAAGGGAGUGUCUGAUCGGGCCCUGUCUCCAGUUGUCUUCACGCUGCUGCGCCUGCUCACACAUCUGGCGAUGCUGCUGGGAGCCACAGAAAACCCUGAGGCACUGCAAAACAUUAUCAAGCCACCGGUGGACAACGCAGUGAGUUUCCUGGAGCAGCACAUUCGGGAGGACUUGGCACAGCUGACAAAAAUUUUGGGGAAGAGUGUGGAUGAGACUAUCAACAUCCUUCAUCUUGUCCUUGGCAGCCUCCUCAAGGAGCACCCAAGCCAGUGGCCAGUUCAGUUUGAUGGUGUGCUCUCCACCAAGGAGAAGAGAAACAGAUGGGAAAAAAUUGUUGCAAGAACAAUUAUUGUACCUGAAUUGAAGGAUUUGGAUAUAAAACUGCUGAAGCUAAAUAGACAAAUCCAAGAGGAUGAGAGAAUUUCUUCCAACCCAAUAGUGAAAAUAGUGUAUGGCGACCCGGCCACUUUCCUGUCCCAGCUGCCGAAGGACAGUCACAUCCAUCACUCCAAGAUGUGGAGCUGCCGAAAGAGGGUUUCAGUGGAGAACCUGGGCCACGUAGUCCAGCAAAAGAACGGCAAGGACACCGUCCCUGUGCUGUGGAAGUUUCUGCAGAAGGAAGCAGAGCUGCGGCUGGUUAAGUUCUUACCAGAGAUUCUGGCUCUGCAGAAAGACUUGGUGAGGCGGUUUCAGAACACGGCUGAUGUCAAGCACUGCUCGAUCAGAGACUUCCUCAACGAACCCCUCUCAGAUGUGAUGAGGGACCUGAUGCAGAGGAGAGUGAAUGUGUUUCUGUCUGUCUGGAACAACCUGAGGAGCUCUCUGGACACCAAUGGGGAAAUUAAGCUUCCAAAAGGCUACUGUGAUGCUGACCUGACCCUGGACAGCGAGCUCGAGGUGCUUCUGCCACGUCGACAGGGACUGGGCCUCUGCUCCACAGCCCUUGCCAGUUACCUCAUCAGUCUGCACAACGACUUUAUCCACGCGGUGAACAAACACAUCAAGGAAGAUGACAGGUACCUGAUCAGUCCGUCAGAAGUGGCUGACCUGCACUUGAUCAGUUAUGAGGUAGAGAGAGACCUGAUCCCUCUGAUCCUGUCCAACUGCCAGUACAGCAUGGAGAAGGGAGGGGAGACCUUGCAGGACUUUGAUCUGGAGAGGAUCCAGCAGCAAAUCAUCAGCAAGUUCCUGCAGGGGAAGCCACUCAUCACCCUCACGGGAAUACCUACCCUGGUGUACAGACACGACCGGAAUUACGAGCAGCUGUUUAAUGAAGUCAGGAAUAAGCUGGAUCAGAGUGCUCUCCCCAGUGCUGUGAUGAACACCAUCAGCGGGGAGCUGCAAUCUUACAGCGACGUCUGUGAUGCUCUGUCCGUCACUGAAAUCACCCUGGGAUUCCUGGCCAUGGCUGGAGAGAACGGGGAAAUGCUUCUGACCGACUACAUCGAGAAAGUUCUGCAGAUGGGCGAUCAGACAAACCCUCACGUGCUGCAGGCCCUUAGACAAUGCCACCUAAAGCACAACAUAGCCCUGUGGCAACUUCUCUCUACUCGCAAAUCUGAGCAGCUUCUGCGCCUCAGAAGGGAUCCUUUCGUAGACAUCAGUACAGUCUACAAAGCUGAGCUCAGUCCAGAGCUUGCCAAGCUCCUCAACACCUUCCUCGUCCACUCAAGGCUGGAAACCUUCCUCCAGGAGCUGCAUGAAAUGAUCAUCCUGAAGCUGAGACGUGUCCAAGCUGUGGAUGAGCUCAGACCCACAUGGAGCCUGAAGGAAUCGCUCAUUCCUUACCUUGAUGCAAAAGACUCAGAAUUAGCUACAGAGCUGCAAGAGCUGUUCCCGGAGGAGAUUCUUCUCUCUCACGCUACUGCCACAUGGAAAGCGGCCGCUGUCUUCAAGAGAGAGCGUAGGGAGAGCUAG